CCGCGCGGCGUGGUUCCGAGACAGGAGUCCGCGCUCGCUCCUCCUGCUGAGCCGAAGGCGGGAGGCUGGGCCAGAGCACCGGGCAGCACUACGAUUCUUUUCUUCACAGACCCCCAUGUCCUCCCGUCCCCUUUAGCGGCCCCGAGGCCCUGUCUGCGCCUUGCUGCUGUGUUUCCGGCUAGUCAAAGCGCAUUCAGCUGCCUGUCUCUGGGUUCUUCGUCGCUCCCUUAGUCUGUUAGCCUUCAGCAUUCCUUUCAGCCCGCUGGCACAGCGAGCUAGGUGAUGAAACCCCUGUAAUGCUGCCAGCUGACUUAAGCGGGGAGUGCUUCUUUCCACUUUUUUUCCCCCGGAGAUUUCUGUGCUGGGUACCUCAGGGGUGUAGGAGGGUAUCUCUGUGACUGGGAGAUGAGAGCUUGUUGGGCAGAAUUCCAGUGGAACAGCAUGUACCUCUUUUCUGAGGACCUGAGAACAAGACCACACUGUCAUGUGAAGCUUGGCUGUGAAAAUACCUGUCUGCUGCUGUGGGAAAUGGCCAGAAGUUGGAACGCAAACAGAUCAGGCUGUAGGAGCAAUCUGCUGGGAAGAGAGCUUGAAUUACUGACGCGAGCGAUGGCGUUGCCGUCUGCCUGGAGUGCGAUGCGCGUGGUGAUCCCGUUCAUCUCGGUGCUGGGCCUGCUAAGCGUGAGGCUUGUGGGGGCCAGCCAGGACUCGGGGAGUGUCAUUCCUGCCGAAAGCCGUCCCUGCGUUGACUGCCAUGCGUUUGAGUUCAUGCAGAGGGCGUUGCAGGAUUUAAAGAAGAUGGCGUAUAAUCUAGACACACGGACAGAAACACUCCUCCUGAAAGCAGAGAAGAGAGGGCUGUGUGACUGCUUUCCUGCAAUGCACUGAAAUGAGCGCUGGGAUCAGGCCAAUGGACAUGUAUUAUGUAUUCAUUUUUAAAACACUGUUGAAUAAAUUACAGGAAGAUACGGAGUGCUGCACCGCAAGAGAACAAUUUUUAUCCAAACAGGUACAGCCCAGUUAGAUAAUUUUUCCUUUGAUGUGCUUUAUCAGUACUAUAUGUGAUAUUGCAUCUGCUGAAAUGUCAAAAGAAGAAGCAGUGUUAGUGUCUCAUUCCUGGGAUUUGUGUAGGGACAGCAUCUCACUUUCCUGCUAUCUUAAGCCAAAAAUUGUCCUUAGACUCUCAGGCCAACCCCUCAGCUUAUGUAAAUUGCCAGAGAUCUAUCAAAGAGUAAGUGGAGUCAAAUUCUUUUAUGUUACAAGUGUGUCCCUAAAAAGAAAAUGAAGCUGCUUUGCAGUGAUGCUUUGCUGUAAAUUUGCAAACACGCAGUCGUGAUUUUAUAUAGAAAUUAGUAGUUGUCACUGCCUGCCUGGCAGCACACAGAAGGUAUUUGUUCCCAAUUUUAUCAAUAAUGCAGUGCACGGCAAGCAGUAAUCUGUACCCAGCAUUUGUUUCUUCAGAGCCACAUAGUAGCUGUGAUCUUUUUGGAGGGAUUUAUUAAGUAUCUAAUGCAAUCACUAACGUUUAUAAUCACAUGAAUGCUGCCUGGCAAUAGAACUGAUUGCGUCUGCCAAAAUCUUCUGGAGAAGUGUCUUUCAUUAAGCAAAUCACAGCCUGGGCUGAACCACUCUCACUGGCCGCUCCAGCAGGUUUGGCAGAACGCCUGCACAACGCCCGCGCAGCCAGGAGCCUCCUGCAAACUCUGUUUUUUAAAUAUUUAGGUUCUAGCAAAAUGGUCCAUAGCUCUUGCGUGGACUUACGCAGGGAGGAAUUUCGCUCCACAGUGAUGGGUUACGCACUGAUGCUAUUAAUAUUCCCACUGCAGUCAGUGGGAAAUAAGAGGACACAAUGGUUCAGGCAGUGUUGCUACACUGUAGUACACUUGUAGUAGACAAGAUUGCACCUUGUUACACUUUGAAAAACAGUGGCACAUCCUUUCCCCAUGUUUUCCUUUUUUUGGGGGGGGUGGGCGGGAUGGGGAAAAACAGAAGAUUCCCCCAAUGGAAAGUUAUUGUACAGAGUAACAGAUUUUCAUAAAACUUCAAAUAUCUUCCCCAAAGUGUGGUGAAUGGAAAUGUGGAGAUCAGCUAGAGCAUCUAUGUAUGAAUUUGAAAUUUUAUGCAAGCAAGGGUGUGGGAGAAGUAUCAACAACAGUGGUUUUCAAAGUUAUUUUGUCAACCUUUAUCAAAACACCCAUUUCUCUAUAAGCAGCUGAUAUUCUGCUGUCGGGCUGCUCAGUGAGCUAUAAUCCAAGCCUCUUCUCUCCUAUUUUAUUCCACCACUGCAGGCACAGGGAACUAUGAUCCACUGCCAGAAUAUUUUGUGUGCAGUCACAGCCAGUAAUAUGCAGUAUUAGAAUACACUCUGGCAAAGUAACUUGAAAGGCUGCUGAUUCUCAGUAAGGAAAAGCAUCCUUCCACCUUCAUUUUAAGUAGGAAUUUUGUUGACCUUUGUAGUAUUCCAGAAAAACCCUUUAUAGGUCAUCAGGACCCAGUUUGUAUGAAAGAGAAGCAUUGUGACACAGCAACAGAGUGCUUCUCUGCAUUACACUCCACUAAAGCACUGGAAACUGGCUGAGGGGAAGCAAUAGAGGGUGUCAUAAUAGAGUGGUUUAUUUUACAACUAUAGCAGUAGGCAUAACACAACUGCUUUCAAAUUCCAGCCUUAGGUUGCUUUACUCCCACUUUGAUUUGAACAUGAGCAAUGCACACAUCUUGAACUGAUUUUUGGCAGAGGUAGAAUUUCAGCACUGAACCUGCGAGGUUUUUCAGCACAGCUCACUUUCUGGGGACAGCAGCACGUCUGUGGUUUUGUAUUGCUGUUGUGCAUGCUUAUUCUGCUGGUACCUUAAAGAAUGUGGCAAAGUCCUGUUAGCAAAUGCUGGUUUGGUUUUUUUGUUUGUUUGUUUUUUGGGUUGUUUUUCUUUUUUUGGCUGUGUUUUCAUUUAGAAAAGUGGUUGCACACAGCUGAGUUUUGAUAUGCAACUUGUUAUGAUAAAAAGGCGGAAUGACUGACGAGUGGAUGUUCUCUGGCUCUCAAGGGGAUCAGAGUGACACUGCAAAUUUAUAGCUGUGAUAGCAGUGAUGAGAUGUACUCCUCUUCGUCUAUAACAAUAAAAAUACAAGAUGCAUUGUGCUGUUUGGUGUGCUUUGUUACUUAUUUGUAACUUAAGAUGUUCAUGCAGUAAUAAAUAUCUGCUCUUUAAUUAGUUGGAAAAUUCUCAGAGGGAAAAGUGCUAUUUUGAAUAAGAAAGUCAAGAAAUCUUGUAUUUGAGCUAAAUUUAUGAAUGUAC